UUUUAAUGAUUCAUUUAAACGUUGAUCAAAUCAAACAACCAGCAGCCACAUCAAAACCCUCCAGCUCUCCUUUAACUUCUCCUUCUCUUCCUUUCAUAGAACAGUGUGCUGCUGUGUGUGAGUGUGAGCUGCUGCUGCUGCUGCUGCUGCUGCUGGUGCAGCACAAGCUUUUUUUUCUAUCUUGAUCUGAACUACUAACCAAGUCUUAGAGAGAGAUCAAAAUUCAAUCCCAUUCUGAGAAAAAAAAAAAAAAAAAAAAAAAAAAGAGAAAUGACGUUAUUUGAAUAUGUGCCCAAAAAUCCUUAAUGAAUAACUUAGGACGAGUAGGAGGCAAAAUGCUGCCCCAGCUGUUUCCUGUUGAAAAUGUCUGUGUAAUGUAGAUAAAUGUGAGGGAUUUUCUCUCUAAAUCCGUCUCCUGUUCGCUAAAUCUCACUUCUCCAAAAACGAGCCUGCGCAAUGGAACAAAGUGGGAAUAUUGAGAUGUGACAUUGCCCCUGCAUCUCAUCCUCUUUUUCUCCACGUUUUUUAAUGACUUCAAACAAGUUCCUUUUCGCCGGGCUUUGUCUUGCAGGAGGAGACCCGUGGGGAUGUCUAGCGCUCUUUCCUUUCAGUGGCAUUUAUGUGAUGUCUUCAAGAGUGCGAUGUGCUGUAUCUCCUGUAGCCACACCCUCUCACUACUGCUGUGCGUCCUCAGCCUGACUCCGACGGCAACAGGGGCUGGCCCAGAGACCCUGUGUGGGGCGGAGCUGGUCGACACAUUGCAGUUUGUGUGUGGAGAGAGAGGCUUUUAUUUCAGUAAACCAGGCUAUGGCCCCAACGCACGGCGGUCACGUGGCAUCGUGGACGAGUGCUGCUUCCAAAGCUGUGAGCUGCGGCGCCUGGAGAUGUACUGUGCACCUGCCAAGACUAGCAAGGCUGCUCGCUCUGUGCGUGCACAGCGCCACACAGACAUGCCGAGAGCACCCAAGGUUAGUACCGCAGGGCACAAAGUGGACAAGGGCACAGAGCGUAGGACAGCACAGCAGCCAGACAAGACAAAAAACAAGAAGAGACCUUUACCUGGACAUAGUCAUUCAUCCUUCAAGGAAGUGCAUCAGAAAAACUCAAGUCGAGGCAACACGGGGGGCAGAAAUUACAGAAUGUAGUGACGGAGCGAAUGGACAAAUGCCCAGCGACUUGGGAAGAGAGAAGGGAGUGGCCUUACCUGGUACCCCUGUGGAAUGGUUCACUGUAAAACAAAACAAAGAGGACGCUAACAAAGGUCCGAAAAGCUCUUCAAAAUGAUUGAAACCGGAGAGCUAAGUGGUGUUUAAGGGUUUGAUGAGGGAUCUUGUGAUUAUUUUAUACACUGCACCAUUCCAUAUCGGGAGGAAUUCCUUGUUAAUGCAAUGUAACAGACUAGUUUAGCUGCUGAGACACGAACAAGAGCUUAUUAUACCUCCAUGUGUGAGCUGCAGCAUCCCCCCAUGGCGCCAGGAAAGGUGGGAACGGAUCAGCCAAUCAGAGAGCGGCGGUGAGAAUGAGUGCUCCAUCCCGUCCCGGAGGUAAACCCUUUCAGUCCGAGAGUGGAUUCAUUCACUCCUUUGGUAAUACUUUGUCACCUUUUGUCACAUAUAACAGUUACUACCCCAGUUAAAUUAUCUUCAGCCUGUUUUCACCACGCAUUACUGAGGAUUAUUUUUUAAAAACAGCUUUAAAGGACAAAGACCAGGUGGUUUUAUUAUCAGACAUUGUUGUAGUUAUUUUACCUUGAAGUCAAAUCCCUUCUUCUCAGCUGUCUAAGUGGAGUCCCAUGAAGGUUUGAGUCCGAUCCAAAAAUCCCUCUUAAACCUCAGGAAGUGUUGAGAACCUGAGGACUGAGUCGGCAAUCCAAAACACUUCUACAACAACAGAUCAAGCACCAUUAGAGGGGAUUUUAAGGAAGGUGGGAAGCACAAAAACAAGAGAAACUAAUUAACCAGAAGCUAAAUUGGAUGAAGGUUUUUUUCAUGGUGCUUGUUUGGUUGUCAGAAAUGGGUCAUCUAGUGGAUUCAAAGUACAUUUGGCAUAAGCCAGUGGAAUAAGUCAAAUUGCGACAAUCGUGGCCAAAUCUGUCCAGUCCCCGGUGAUCAACAUUUGAGUCAGAGCGGAGGUUCAAGGUUAAGCAUGAGUUAUGAAAGUUUAGUCACGGCAAGUCAACAAGCGUUCUGCGAAAAGUAAAAUAUUUUUCAAUAUGUUCCCAAAUCUUUCAACACCUACAUUUCGAAGCCAAAAAAAAAGGAGAGGCUCCAACAAUAACCACCUAGACGGGAAGUUUAACGAUCAAUUGAUCGAUCUCGGCCGGUUAUAUUUUGUUUGUUUUUAUCGAGGCCGAGAACUUUGCUACUUCAGUUGUCGCUUGGACUGCAUCACCUGCCCAUCAUGGCGAGAGUACAACAAAAAACUCGGCAGCAUCCGUCGCAAAGUCCACCGGAGAAACAUGCAGAUUAAACAAUUUGGUAAAUAUUGCAAACCAAAAAAAGUCUUCCUGGAGAUACGGCGCACAUAUAACAGUACACAAACACACAUAUAAAGCACCCACAUAAGAGUUGUGUAACUGUGAGCAAGGGUCAAACACACACACACACACACGUUUCAUGAAAAGCCAGUUCUGAGAAGUCCUUGCAUGAGGACCGACAGUCGCGGCUGUUUGUUCAAGCCUCCAUGCGGAUUUACAGUCAUUUUAUCGCACAAACCGCCCAAGACAUCUCAUCUCUGCCUCUGCCUCCUCUGCCUGUGUAUAAUCAAACAGUAUUCCCAUUUAUGUUAACCUAUGCAUUACUAUCAUUCAUUGUACAUGAUGGUUUCAUAUAACAAAACUGUAUUAAGAAUCCUAUCCACUGUAUAAUGGUGCUAUUUUGUAGUUUGUUACUUGCAAGAGAUGGCUAAGACGGACAGAUGGCAGGGCUUACAUCGGAGGUCUUCCCUUUUGCACAGCCUUGUGGCCACCAUUUUAAUAGUGUUUUUAUUUGUAAGCUGUUUCAAUAAGGUAGUAGUGUAAGCGAGUAAAUGUAUCUGUGUGAAAUCUGUGAAUGCAUGGAGAUAUAUAAAAAAAAAAAAAAAAUACCAUGUUGUGGUCCCAAGAAGGCAAAAUGCUAUUUUUUCUACUGUUUUUGAAUUAUUUUCUCAAUAUAGAUCCCUUAUGCCAAAUAACUUGACAAAAGUACUGUGAACUGUGAUUCUUCCAAUUGUAUUGAGAUUGUUAAAAGUCAUGGUGUGCUUUUGUCUGUCCUGAGGUGUGUGUGUUCAUGCACCUUACUGGAAGCAAAGGUUAUUGAUUAUUAAAAACACUUAACGCGA